AUGGGUCAAGGUGUCUUAAAUCUGAUUGAUCUUGUUGGAACUGAAAGACUUUCAAAGAGUAGGGCAACCGUUCAGCUCCUGUGCAGUGUGUUGUUUUUUUUUCUUAUUAGUCAUGGCAGGCUUUGGCAUCCUACCUCGUUAAACUUCAUGCAGAAUGUAGUUAAUGGAAACCAGAGUCCUGUAAUAGCUGUUACCGAAGGAUGCCAGCUGACUUUAUGGGACUUGAGAAUGAAAGAAAAUGGUGGUUGUUUACAAUCAAUUUGUGGUACCCCUGGUGACAUCUUAUAUUCUGUCUGCAGUUCUUCCACUGGUAAUGUUGCUGUGGGUGGAGCAGAUCGUACUGUGACUGUUUAUGAUCCUCGCAGAUGGUCGGCAUUGUCUAGAUGGGUGCACUGCUCUAAAUUUGAGAUAACAGGACUUGCUUUCUCAAUAAUUAACCCUGAUUACAUUUAUAUUCAAGGGGUUGAUUAUGAGGUCUUGUGUGGAACUUGGAAAGAAACCAACAAGUUGUUCUCAUUUAGAGGUGACUUGAACUUGCUUGGCUUUAGUAAGAGCUCCAAAGAAGAUGUUUUGGGUGGAUGGUGUGAUUCAGGUAGCAUAUUCAUAGCUGAUGUAGCAAGUGGAAUUGAUGAAAUGGUGUCUCUGUAGAGCUUCAGUAGUUCAGUGUAUGUAACCAACCACACUUAUCUCUCAGCCCAAAAAAAAAAAAACGAGCUCAGAUCACUAAUUGUAUUAUUUCUGUGCACUGUUCCAAUUUUGUCAUUUUGAUCAUAAAGUUUCCAUUAUUUGAAAAUCUCAAUUAUUGAAACUAUUAAUAUGAAGGUUGAUUCUGUGAUUUACAUAUAUAAAG